AUGUCUAGCACCGCCAUGCAACAUGUGUUACCGAAGGACCUGAUGGAGCUUCAGCUUGGUCAGAUCGAUCUCCUCAUGGCUAUGUAUGCCUCCGAUGACGCAAUAUUCAUGGACCCUACAUCGGCAGACACAAUAGGGAAGUUGAAAGACUGGUGUGAAAAUGGAGAUGAAGAGGCACCGAAUAUUCAUGAGACGGGUGUUGAUCUUAUCCUCAGUCUCGAUGACUUUGGAGAUGAUGACUCCUCGGCUCAUUUGUUACAGCUUACGUUGAGUGUGCCUCUGACAUGCUCAAGAGGAGACAUAAUGGCAGAUCCACCAUCAAUCAAAACCAGGAUACAGCAGCCUGAAUGGAUGAGCAAAGGAGACGUCGCCAAGCUGAAUUCAGAGCUUCCAGACGAGGACAUCCUUUCCGUCAUCGAACACAUCAAAGAGGUCGCCACUCAACACCUGGAAGGUCUGAAACAGGAUGAAGUAGCCAAUACUCCAAUCAAGGAUACCUCAAUAGUACGUGUGUGGUUUUACUUUCCCUCCAUUAGUACAAGAGCCAAACGAGACGAUCUCGUCAACUAUGCCCCAACAUAUGGGCUCACAGGCUUCUUGCUGGCCGGAAAGCCUGGCGUCUUGUGCCUCGAGGGAGGAUCUACGGCAGUUGAUGACUUUAUGAAGUUCAUCAAGACGGAAAGCUGGGGUGACAUUCCUGCGCAUCACAAAAAGGUCAGUGAAAGAUACCGAGAAGAAGCGACGGAUUUGAAGCGUACCUUCAAUGAUAUGCAAGAGAUUACCGACAUGAUUGAGAAGCGAGGAGCUAGAGGAAACCGUGGCGAUAUGAAGGCUUUGGAAGCUUGGCUAGUGGAAUGUGGACUCGGGGAAGCUUUUAGCAAAAUUCUCAUGUAA